ACUCGGAGUAUAUAAGCUACUGAAUUUGCCAACAGAAUCACAUUCUACAGUCUAUCAUGGCUCUCCACACAUCAUUGGUGUUAGUUUCCGCUGCUUGCCUCAUAAGCUGUUCUGUGACGGGUACAGAACUGUCCAAGACCACAGAACUGAAACCGGACACGAAAUCUGAAAAUACUGAUGAAGUGACUGCGAAAAGAGUGAUUUUCGGUGCAAUACACCCGAUCAACCACGGUGCCGGCGGUGGCAGCGGUUACGGCUCCGGUUCUGGCCAUGGCGCAGGYGGCGUAGGAAUAGGCGUAGGUUUUGGUUCGGGUGGUAGUGGUGGUGCGGGUGGAGGUGGAGGUGCCGGAGGAGGUUAUGGCAUCGGUGGCGAAUCAGCCAACAGUAACUACGGAACUGGUGUCGGUUAUGGACAAGGAAGCGGAUCCGGCGGUGCUGGUUUUGGGCUAGGAAGUGGUUCUGGUGGUUCCGGUUAUGGACAAGGA